AUAAUAAAUGCGUUCAACGUUAUAUGAUAAAAUAUUUUUUUUAUUCCUGUAAUGAUACUAGGUAGAAAUGGAGAACUCUUUGUAAGUGAAGACAUUCAGACACCGAUCAUUGCAGUUGAAUACAAACUGAAAAUUUUGAGCUUGUUGCUAUAUAUAGAGACCAGUAUGAACAUCUGUUGUGGGAGUCAGUUUCCAGGUUAUCAUGUUACAAAACAAGAAGAUCACUUUACAGAAGACAUGAAAUCCCCAAACAAAAACAUUUGUGGAGAAACAAAGUUAAGUGGAAAUAACCAAAAAGAAUCUAAUAUACCUGAAUGUUGUGGGAAAACAUUUGAUAACCUAAAACAACAAAAGAGGAUACACUCUGGAGAGAAACUUUAUCAUUGUACUGUGUGUAGAAAACACUUUGGUACAAAUACUAUCUUACAAACACAUCAAAGAAUAAACACUGGAGAGAAACUUUACAGUUGUACAGUUUGUGAAAAGCUGUUUGGAACAAAUAUUAAAUUAAAAAUACGUCAAAUAACACACAAUGGUAAGAAACUUUACAGUUGUGUAGUUUGUGCUAAACAAUUUAUAUUUAGGUGUAAAUUAAAACAACAUCUAAUAACACACACUGGUAAGAAACCUUACAGUUGUGGAGUGUGUGCUAAACAAUUUACUUUUAGGUGUAAGUUAAAAGAACAUCAAAGAAUACACACUGGGGAGAAACCUUACAGUUGUACAGUGUGUAGAAAACACUUUGGCAAAAGUAGUGUUUUAAAAGCACAUCAAAAAAUACACACUGGGGAGAAACCUUACAGUUGUACAGUGUGUGGAAAACCAUUUUUAACAAAUGGUAAAUUAAAAAGACAUAAAAGAGUACACACUCGGGUCAAACUUUACAGUUGUACAGUGUGUGGAAAACAAUUAGAAACAAAUGGUCAAUUGAAGAUACAUCAAAGAAUACACACUGAGGAGAAACCAUGCAGCUGUACAGUGUGUGGAAAACAGCUCAGUACAAAUAGUAUCUUAAAAAGACAUCAAAGAAUACACAGUGGGGAGAAACCUUACAGUUGUACAGUGUGUGGAAAACAGUUUAGUACAAACAGUAUCUUAAAAAGCAUGAAAGAAUACACACUGGGGAGAAACCUUACACUUGUACAAUGUGUGGAAAACAGUUUCGGAAAAAGGGUCAUUUAAAAAUACAUGAAAGAAUACACACUGGGG